AAAUAAAAAAACUAAAAGUGAAACACAUAUUUAUAUUAUUUUUUUUAAUGGAGGCAUCAAAGAAGCUUAUUGCAAUGUUUUUUGUUUUCAUUAUUGUGAUUUCUUCAUCCAUGGCUGAUGAUGAAGAAAAUAAAGCAGAAGAAUUUAAAAAAUCAUUUGAAAUUGUGGCAAAUGAAUAUAAAGUUUGCUACAAUGAUUGUCAAAAGGAAUGUACUAAUGAAGGGUUGGGAUACACUCGUUGUGAGAUGAAAUGUGACACUGAAUGCAGUGCUAAGAUGCUCAAAGAAAGAAUCGAGAAAAUGAAAAAUUAAUUUGAAGCCUUGAAGAUGGACCAAAGCAUCCAAAAACACUUCUUUUAGUAUAGCAAAUAUAGGGAAACAAGAAUAAAAAAAGUAGUAGUAUACAUGAUGUAUGUAUACAUUACGUUAUUUUAAUUUUUUUUGUAUCAUUCUUAGGGCCCGUUUGGAUGGGCUUAAUAAAAGCAGCUUUAAAAAAGUA